GUUUUGAUUUAAAAGGUUUGUGAUUCCAUAUAACCCUAAAUAUAAAACCUUCAAAGUUUAGCUUAAGUUUCAAGUACUUUUUUUAAAAUUUCAGUAAAAAUGGCAAGCAUGGUGCAUUGUCAGUUGUGGAUGGGCAGUCUGGAACCAUAUAUGACUGAAACAUUCAUUAGCACAGCAUUUAGAAAAAUGGGCGAAAAUCCACUAAAUGUCAAAGUGAUGCGAAAUAAAUUCACAGGCGAACCAGCUGGCUAUUGUUUUGUACAUUUUGCCACCGACGAAGAAGCAAUUGACGCCAUGCAUAAAUUAAAUGGUAAACCGAUCUCCGGCACAAAUCCUGUUGUCAGAUUUCGUCUGAACAAUGCCAGUAACACAGGCAGAAAUUUGGUAGAUCGUGAAUUUUCAGUGUGGGUUGGAGAUCUCAGUCCUGAUGUUGAUGAUUACAACUUGUACAGAAUUUUUUCCUCCAAGUAUAAUACAAUAAAGACUGCUAAAGUAAUUUUAGAUAACAGCGGUUUUAGUAAAGGUUACGGAUUUGUAAGGUUUGGAAGUGAAGAAGAAAUGAAAGAUGCGCUUAUGAAUAUGAAUGGAUUUGUCGGUUUGGGAUCAAAGGCACUCAAAAUUUGUAACGCCGUUCCAAAGCCCAAAGGUGCCAUUACAACAACAGGAAAUGGAACAACCCCCACAAAUACCCUUUCGACAGCUUCUACUGAUUACAGUCAAUAUUAUGAUGCAACUUAUUGGCAAAAUUAUGCCAAUUGGCAAUCGGGCUAUUAUGAUCAAGGAGACGGAUCACAGAGUGACGCUUAUGCAGACGCAAAUGCUCAUGGGGAAGGGCGAGAAGAGGACGAACUUGAAUUAAUUGAACAUUCUUUGCCAUUGGAUGUAGAUAAGGUCAAUCGGGAAACAAUGGACCAAGACAGUGCUUUAUGGGAUGCCUUGGAAAGUUCAAAAUGGAUUCCAUGUGACAUUGUUGAAACUUAUUAGCAUUCAUAAUUUUGUACCUAUGUAUUGCAGUUUAUUAUUAAUAAUUCUCAUGAACAUUAUGUAAAACUGUGCGCUUUCAAAUAUAGUCACAUUGACUCAUUUAA